AUAACGCUACAAUGUAUGUGUCAGCCCAAUUCUGCUUCCCGGACGAGCCGACCAAUAGGAGAGCUGCGUUGGAACACGUAUCAAGCACAGACAGUUAGCCUUCUAGCUCCCAGCUGUUUGUUGACUCGGAUCAUCAUGGAUUCUCUCAUCCUGGAGCCUUCCCUGUACACUGUCAAGGCCGUCCUCAUCCUAGACAACGACGGAGACAGGUUGUAUGCCAAGUAUUAUGAUGACACAUAUCCCACUGUGAAGGAGCAGAAAGCAUUUGAAAAGAAUAUUUUCAACAAAACACACCGGACUGACAGUGAAAUUGCAUUGCUUGAGGGUCUCACAGUUGUUUACAAGAGCAACAUAGACCUCUUCUUCUAUGUGAUUGGCAGCUCGCAUGAAAACGAGCUUAUGUUGAUGGCGGUGUUAAACUGCCUGUUUGAUUCCCUUAGCCAGAUGUUGAGGAAGAACGUUGAGAGGAGGGCAUUGUUGGAGAAUAUGGAGGGACUUUUCCUGGCUGUGGAUGAAAUUGUGGAUGGGGGGGUGAUCUUGGAGAGCGACCCUCAGCAAGUUGUUCACCGUGUGGCCCUCAGGGGUGAUGACGUGCCUUUGACAGAGCAGACCGUCACUCAGGUUCUGCAGUCUGCCAAAGAACAGAUCAAAUGGUCCCUUCUACGAUAGAAGCGCUCCUUCCCACCGUCGUGGACCUGCUCCAUGCUCUUCCUCUGCUCUGAUCUCCUCUCCUCUCCUCCAAUCGAAGCUGUGAAGAGGCCGGCGCCCCAUCCAGUUGCACUCCAAGGAAUCCCUCAGUCCCAUUUCAACACAGGCUUCUCUUGUCUGUCGUCACCACAACGUUGAAGUUGUGGUGAACAUUCCAACUGUUUGGUGUUGUUUUUCUCAGUGCAGGGCAUCGUCAUGUUAAGAUGAUGUACUGUAGAGUGUCCUGUGAUAACAUUCCACUAUUUUGUUGAUAUUCAAAAACAAGGUUGUAUUGAUUAGAACGCCGUCUUUUUUCUCCCUGAUUCAAAUGGGUCAUUUAAGACAUUGAUGAUUUUGUUAAUUCUGCUAUAGCAAAUGCUCUGAUGAAAAGUGCACCAAGUACUGUAUGUAUACACAUGGAGAAGGUAAAGGCUGGUGUAAACCUGGGCCCAUCCUCAUCAGUUUCUUAUAAUAAAUACCCUUUCUUGACUUAA